UGAUAAGGUUCAAAGGUCAAAUUAGGUGGCCUUUGCAGAGUGGGCGUGGUGCCAUGUGUAGUUAGCUAGCUAGCUAGCUAUGGAAAUCAUUCUGGACCAGGAUAAGCUGAAAGGCUGUCGUGGCCUGGGUGUGCUGGUGACAUUGAAACAAGCGCCAGCACUGACUGUAGUGGGCCAAUAUGCCUGUGUUCCAGCCAAUCAGAGUGUACCACAACUGGAAUCUGUUGGUCUACCUACUCCAGACUGGGUCAAUACGACUGAGGAGGCCAGGAGUCAUUUCCCUGGUGGCUGUGAUGUCAGACGUGGUGUGUGGGUGUGUGUAGAUUCAAAGGCGACGACUAGUGCAGUAUGGACAAUGCUGACCUCAAUUACUCGCAUCUUGGAAGUGUUAUGUCCAGAGGUGUUAGCCGUGCUGUACAGAGAUGGAACUGAAAUGGAGUGUUUCACUAUCGACUCUGGUAGUCUGAGUAGUCAGUCAGUGGGGCUAGCCACGACCUCUCUCCAGAGCUACCUUACCGAGAGCACUCUUCUCUGUCGACUCCUAAUUUCCGUCCCUCUAUACUUACCUGAAGGACAGCCAGUGUCCACUUCGUUUUCCUCUGUUGAAGAGUUCUUCAACAACAGCUCGACAAUAUUCUGUGUAUCCUCAAAACCACCAUUGAUCUUCAGUGAGUCUACCACUAGUGGGACAGCAGUCAGGAGGUUGAUCAAAGCCAAGCCACAAGACCCAGUCGCAACUCUCCCUAGCUCCUCCCAGCACAUACCCCAUGCUCAGACAGGCCCUGUGAUUAUUGAGCUUCUCAGAGACCACACCCAACCAACAGACACUCCAUCACUCACUGUGUCUAAUCCUCUACCCAACAAUUGCUUAAAAGUCAGUCUGUCGGUGGAUGUGCUGGUACUGGCCAAUAUCACUUCACCUUUGAGGGAACUGGCUGCCGUUUGUAGAGAGAAAUUAACCACCCACCUAAAAUCAAUUGCCAAAGGCAUUACAUGGAAGGAGGGAAGUGUGUGUACUGUGACCACCCACCACUUAGCCCUAUGGAACCAACACUGUCCGGUGACAAUCGUCUACCCACACACAGCCCACUCGUGGGAAAGUCUUGACAAUCCUCUACCAGUCACCACUGACGACCUGCGACUUUACAGAGAGGAGCUACACAAGAGACUGUGUCUUGGAACAGACCUGCCAUAUCUCAGGGUACCGAGACAACCAACAAAGCAAGGCUCUCCAUGGCUCACGUCUAAUAUAAUGCUUAGUACAGGUUCUCAGCUACUCAAUCCUCACCACCAUCUCAAACAGACAGUCAAGACUGGGAGUCUGGCAACAGUGCAAGGAGACUAUCUCUACUACCACUACAUGCAAAAUGGUUUCAAUGACAAUGGCUGGGGUUGUGCCUACCGAUCGCUACAGACCCUCUGGUCUUGGUUCUGGCUUCAAGGCUACACAGACAAGCCACCACCAACACACAAGGAAAUUCAAGAGAGUGUAGUGGCAGCAAAGACAAGGAGCUCUUCUCUGAUUGGCUCCAAGGAAUGGAUUGGGUCGAUUGAAGUCAGCAACUCCCUCAAUCAACUGCUAGGGUUGGUGUCCAUAAUCAAGCCCCAAAUUAAAGGCCCUGACAUGGCCAGUGUGGGGAGAGUUUUGCUGGAGCAUUUCAGAACACACGGGACUCCAGUUAUGAUCGGUGGAGGAGUGUUAGCACACACUAUUCUGGGAGUGACCUUCAAUGACACCACAGGAGAAACACAAUUUCUCAUUCUAGAUCCACACUACACUGGUACAGAGGACAUUAAUACCAUCACUGCCAAGGGCAAAUGGUGUGGGUGGAAAAAAGUGUCAUUCUGGGACGAAAAAGCCAGCUACAAUCUCUGCAUGCCAAAGAAACCCACUGACUUCUUGUUAUAGUUUCAAAUGCAAUUUGUGUAUAUUUUUUCGAUGCUUUCAAAUCAAUGUCAUAAUUUUGUCAA